AUGAAGAUAAAACGCGUGGCAAUGCCAUUGCUUAUGGCAGCCUCCUUUGUGUGGGGGAUAGGGGAUGGCGCGUCGGAGCAAAUGCAAGUCCGAAGAGAGAUAGGAGAGAGAGGAGUGUUGACUGAAUGGAAAACAUGGCUGGCGUAUGAUAAAGCAUGUGACUGCAAAACCAGCUUGACGACAUAUACCACAAUAAUUCCCCCGAUCAUCACCACUACAAGCAAGACGUCCGAAUUGCCUCCUCCCCCUUCGACAACCUCUACCACAUCUACCACAUCAGAGGAACAUUCGCAUCCGACCCUGUGGCCUCCCCCACACAAAACAAAAACAGUCACCGUCACCCCUCCUGCAGAGACACGGACAGUUACCGAAAGCUCCAAUGCCACGAUUACAGUAACUGAUGAUCCGGUGACGAUCACCCGAAGCUUCACGGACUUCCAAUGUCCCAGUCAAUCUAUUACAGCUCCACCAGACCACACCAUAACAACCAUAACCAAAAGCUUUGGGUUCACUGUGACUGUGACAAUCAGCAUUGGGAUCGGGGACGAUGAAACAACCACCAUUACUCAGAAUGCGACAUCCACGGUGACAGAGCCAGGAAGCACGAUGACAGAACCAGGAACCACAGUCUCCUUACCAGGUUCCACCAUCACGACCACGUCCGUGGUGCCUCCCAGGACGGUGACCGUGUCAGGAUCGGUCACCACCCUGCCAGGGUCGACUGUGACCUCGACCUUGACAUUGCCAGGGAGUACCAUCACGACUACCGCACCGGGAAGUACCCUCACAACCACCGCUCCGGGGACCACCAUCACCACCACAUCAGUUGCGCCACCCAAGACAAUCACGGUAUCAGGGUCGGUCACGACUCUUCCUGGAUCAACGAUUACUUCGGUCAUCACACAGCCAGGGACAACUGUGUCAGGGCCUACGAUCACCAAAACAUCGGUCGUGCCGCCAAAAACGAUCACGAUAUCAGGUUCUGUCACCACUCUUCCUGGGUCGACGGUCACGUCCAUCAUCACACAGCCGGGGCCAACUGACUCAGGGUCCACAGUCACCGCCCCCGGCACCACAUCUGCAGGCACCACGUCUAUUUCCACGAGAACAACAACCCAAACGGUCUCCCGCUGCCCACCUCUUUCCGUAAAUCCAACCUAUACCCCUCCUGCACCGCUCCCAACAGACUACACCUGGGGCUGUCCUCCCGGCACUCUCUGUAGCCCGAAGCGGAGCGGCGACAGCGCAAACUGCAACUUCCAGGCCGGCAUUCCGCCAGAAGAUUACGUCUGCCGGCCCGAAGAGUGCAUCAAGAGCCCGCCAUACAUCCACAACCAAGUCUGGAACAAGACUGAGAACCCAGAGACCAGGACGUACAAUGUUUCUAAGGGGUACUUCAACCUCGAACCUGCCCUCUUUGGGCUGAGUGAUGAUAUAUUCCGCUUCCCGGAGAUCGAUGAGAUUGGCAGCGACAAAUACUACCGUCGCUCAUCUCCUACCUUCGUAUGGAGACGGGACAAAGGAGGGAGCUCCUAUCCCGAUCUUUGCUACCCUCCCUGCAACGAAGCUGCGCAGGAUGGCCAGAACCUCGGCAAAGAUCCCGAUCUCUGUAAAGAGGGCUCGAAUUUCCAGGAGAAAAGGGGCCAAUGCGAGAGCUGCAUAGGCGGCACAGGAGACCCCAGUGGCGGGAUCCCAGAUUUCCUGCCAUGGGUAAACUUCUGCAAUGAUCAGGGGUCCUCAGGCGGGGGCGAUGGCGCCGCGCAGUCUUCGUCGGCUGCUCAAUCAAGCUCGUCAACGACCACAACCACCAAAUCAAGUACCAGUGAGUCGACAAUCGCAACCUCUUCUGCGUCUACCAGUGAUCCUUCAACCUCUUUGACAUCGACUUCCACGUCGGGCGUUCCACCUACUACAACGCGUUCUGCUUCUGCUUCUACAACAUCAGGUAUCUCGUCUACCACACACUCUACUUCUGAUUCUACCACGUCAACUUCAUCAUCUGCCACCACACACUCUGCUUCUGAUUCUAUUACAUCGCGUGUUUCAUCUGCCACUACACACUCUGCUUUUGAUUCAACCACAUCAAGUACAUCAUCUGUCACAACUAGUUUUGCGUCUUCGACAAGAACGACAUCUGAACUUCACAGCGAAAACGACAAUGGAAACGCUAACAGUACACCAGGCUCCGGUUCCUCUGGUCCCGGUACAGGUUCCUCCCAGUCGGGAUCCCGCCCAGGGAACAUCCCCCCCACCAGCUCGCAAGCUUCCCCAACGAGAGCGCCUUCAUCGUCGACAACGCCAGACACACCACUGCACACCGCAGCGGGUGUGUCGUUAUCCGUACCAUCGUGGUGGAAUAUCUCUGGGGUCAUGUUUAUUUUUGCUGUUCUUGGGAUGUAG